AUGAAUCAGCCGCGUCGCAAGUCUGCGUUCCACAUCGAGCCGUUUCGGCACAAGGUGGAGAUGGACCCGCGAUACGCGGAGAAGACGUGGGGCAUUCUCGAGGACGCCAUCCACCAGAUCUACAACCACAACGCCUCGGGCCUCAGCUUCGAGGAGCUCUACCGCAACGCGUACAACAUGGUACUCCAUAAGUACGGCGACCGCCUGUACGCGGGGCUGGUGAGCACCAUGACGAACCACCUCAAGGGCGUGGCGGCGGCUAUAGAGGCGGCACACGGGCCUCUCUUUCUGAACGAGCUUGAUGCCAGGUGGCACGAUUACGGCAAGUCCCUCCAGAUGAUUCGAGACAUUCUAAUGUACAUGGACCGAACCUACGUGACCAAUCACAACAAGACACCUGUCCACGACCUCGGCCUCGCCCUCUGGCAUGACCACAUCGUCCGCGCCCCCGCCAUCCGCCCGCGCCUCCUCUCCACCAUCCUCUCCCUCGUCCACCAAGAGCGCUCGGGGGAAGUGAUUAACCGCGCGCUCAUGCGAUCCAUAUCGUCCAUGUUCGCCGAUCUCGGCCCGGCGGUGUACUCGGAAGAUCUGGAGCGUCCGUUUCUGGAGGCGUCGGCGGCGUUUUACUGCGGCGAGGCGCAGCGCCACCUGGCGACGUGUGAUUGCGCGGAUUAUCUCAAUGUGGCGGAGAGGAGGUUGGAGGAGGAGGGAGAGCGCGUGGCGCAGUACCUGGAUGCGCGCACGGAGGGGAAGGUGACUGGCGUGGUGGAGCGCGAGAUGGUGGGGAACCACCUCAGGUUGCUCGUUGAUAUGGAGAACUCGGGGCUCGUGCCGAUGUUGGUCAACGAUAAGUACGAGGAGGAGGGGGAGCGCGUGGCGCAGUACCUGGAUGCGCGCACGGAGGGGAAGGUGACUGGCGUGGUGGAGCGCGAGAUGGUGGGAAACCAUUUGAGGUUGCUUGUGGACAUGGAGAACUCUGGGCUCGUUCCCAUGCUCGUGAACGACAAGUAUGAGGAGGAGGGGGAGCGCGCGGCGCAGUACCUAGGUGAGCGCACAGAGGGGAAGGUGACUGGCGUGGUGGAGCGCGAGAUGGUGGGGAACCACCUCAGGUUGCUCGUUGAUAUGGAGAACUCCGGGCUCGUGCCCAUGCUCGUGAACGACAAGUACGAGUACCUGGAUGCGCGCACAGAGGGGAAGGUGACUGGCGUGGUGGAGCGCGAGAUGGUGGGGAACCACCUCAGGUUGCUGGUGGAUAUGGAGAACUCCGGCUUGGUGCCAAUGCUCGUGAACGACAAGUAUGAGGACAUAGCGCGCAUGUACCGCCUGUUGAAGCGCGUGCCACAGGGGCUGCAGACGAUGCGGGAGGUGAUGUCGGGGCAUCUCAGAGAGACGGGCCGGCAGCUUGUGACCGACCCAGACAGGUGCAAGGACCCAGUCGAGUUUGUUCAACGCCUGCUAGAGGAAAAAGACAAGUACGACCGCAUAAUCGCCGCCUCGUUCGCCUCAGACAAGACCUUUCAGACGGCCCUCAGCACGGCCUUUGAGUUCUUCCUCAACCUCAAUGCGCGCGCUGCCGAGUACAUUUCUCUCUUCAUAGACGACAAGCUGCGCAAGGGGCUCAAGGGGGCGAGCGAGGAGGAGGCAGAGGCAGUACUGGAUAAAGUAAUGACGCUGUUCCGGUUCCUGCAGGAGAAGGACGUUUUUGAGAAGUAUUAUAAGCAGCACUUAGCUAAGCGCCUGCUGUCGGGGAAGACGGUUUCGGACGAUGCGGAGCGGAGCUUUAUCGUGAAGCUUAAGACUGAGUGUGGGUAUCAGUUCACGUCGAAACUCGAGGGUAUGUUCCUUGAUAUGAAGACGUCCCAGGAUACAAUGCACGCGUUUCACUGCGCGUUACAGGCUGAAGCAGCGGCAGCGGCGGCGGCGGCGGGAGGAGGGGGAGUCGGGGAAGAGAGGGGGGGCGGGGAGGGAGAGGUGGAGGAUCCAGCUAGUGGGGUUGCUGCUGCUGCUGGGGCUGCUGGGGCUGCUGCUGGGGGUGGUGCCGCGGCUGCUGGGGGGGCUUUGCGGGAGGAAGGAGGGGAUGAGGGCGGGGAGGAGGAAGGGGAAGGGUCGGCACGCGGAGGAGCAGCAGCAGCUGCUGCAGCAGCACUCCGUGCCGAACCAGAUCUUGCCCUCGCCGGACCAUCCGGCACGGCAGCAGGCUCGGGAGCCGGCUCGUCAUCGUCAUCAGCCGCAGGAGGGGCGGCAGCGGUUGGAUUAUUCCAAGGGCCGACUCUUUCGGUGCAGGUGUUAACUACGGGGUCUUGGCCCACACAGGCGGGCGCCAGAUGCAACCUCCCCGGGGAAAUCCUCCCCAUAUGCGAGAAGUUCACAAGGCACUACCUGACGACGCACACCGGGCGGCGGCUGACGUGGCAGAUGAACAUGGGGCAUGCGGACGUGAAGGCCACGUUUGAGUCGCGCAAAUACGAGCUGUCCGUGUCCACGUACCAGAUGUGCAUCCUGAUGCUUUUCAACACACACGAAUCCCUCACCUACCGAGACAUAGAAGCAGCGACAGACAUCCCAUCAGCCGACCUGCGCCGCAACCUGCAGUCGCUGUCGCUGGUGCGAGGCAAGAACGUGCUGAGGAAGGAGCCCGUGGGGAAGGAGGUGGGGGAUGACGAUAUGUUUCACUUCAACCACAAAUUCACCUCCAAGUUCUUCAAGGUGAAGACUGGGACCAUUUCCGCCCAGAAGGAGACAGAGCCAGAGAAGGCGGAGACGAGGCAGAAGGUGGAGGAGGACAGGAAGCCGCAGAUAGAGGCGGCAAUAGUGCGCAUCAUGAAGUCACGACGCAUGCUGGACCACAACAACCUUGUCAGCGAGGUGACGAAGCAGCUGCAGGCACGAUUCCUGCCCAACCCGGCGGUGAUCAAGAAGCGCAUAGAGAGCCUCAUAGAGAGGGAGUUUCUCGAGCGUGACCGCAACGACCGCAAGCUAUACCGCUACCUAGCCUAA